CCGCGCGCUGCGGGCAGCUCGUGAGAAACACCUGGAGGAGAGGUGAACGCAGCUCGCGUCUGACUCGCGGAACUUUUUUUUAUAAUAAAAAAAUCCCUCCAGUUCGUGUGUGUGUUUUUCGGGGUACCAUGUGGGCGCGAGCUGUGCUGUGUGCGGCGCUGCUGUCCGCGCUCUGCCCGGCGGGAAGGACGGAAGCCGAGAGGGACGAGAGAGAGGUCCAGGACUACCGGUACAACUCCAACAGACUGCUCGGCGCUCUGCAUGAAGUGCUGGAGAAGCUGCAGACCAAGAGGAUUAAUCCCUGGGAGAAGAAAUAUGGACAGGUCCCCUCUUGUGACCUGGGGGAGCACUGCGCCGUCAGAAAAGGAUCUCGGAUCGGGAAGAUGUGCGACUGCCCCCGAGGAGCUUUCUGUAACUUCUUCCUGCUGAAGUGCUUAUGAGCCAAUCAGAUUUCAAAGAAAAAACACAGCAAGAGUAUAUUUUAAAAUGUAUAUUUUCCAACUAUGUAUAUGAAAGUCUAACCGAUGUAAAGUAGCCUUUAGUGUGGAGUAAAUCCUUCACGUGAAGACGUGUGUUUGUCCACCUGUGUGUUGUAUUAAAGGUGUUUAUCUUGCUUUUUCCAACGA